GCUGACGUGUGCCUGGGUGAAGGUUCGUCCCAAUGUCGCCAGUACUGACUGGAGUCCUCAUGCUUCUACUGGAAGUCCCUCUGUUCCUUUCCAAAGCACGGGACUCGGGUUUCCAGCUGCAGGGAGUAGAGGUGGCAGCUUGGAGAAAGAACCUUCCGGCCUUGGAUGCUGAUGCCACUCGCAAGGUUCCACAGGCCAUCAUCAUUGGCGUUCGGAAAGGAGGCACCAGAGCUCUGCUGGAGAUGUUGAACCUCCACCCCGAUGUGGUGGUGGCUAGGGCAGAGAUCCACUUCUUUGACUGGGAUGAGAAUUACCGCAAGGGCUUGGAUUGGUACCGCCAGCAGAUGCCAGUGUCCUUGCCCCACCAACUGACCGUGGAGAAGACACCUGGCUACUUCACCGCGCCGAAUGCAGCCGAGAGAGUCCACGCCCUGAGCAACUCGACCAGGCUGCUGCUGAUCGUUCGAGAUCCGGCCGAGCGGGUCAUCUCGGACUACACGCAAGUGUUGUACAACAGGAAGGAGCACCACAAGCAAUACCGGCCCGUGGAGGAAAUCCUGGUGCGGGACGGAAAGCUAAACGGCAAGUACAAGGCCGUCCAGCGCAGUCUGUAUUAUAUCCACAUGGAGCGGUGGCUCAGGCAGUUCCCACUCCACCAGAUCCACCUGGUGGAUGGAGACGUCUUGGUCAAGGAUCCUCUCUCACAGCUGCAGCAGGUGGAGAGGUUUCUCCAGCUUCCACCCCACAUCAAAGCCUCCAACUUCUACUUCAACCACACCAAAGGUUUCUACUGUCUGCACGCGGUGGGCCGUGAGAGGUGCCUAGACCAGUCGAAGGGGCGGCCUCAUCCCUCUGUGAAUCAAACUGUGCUGCACCAACUGUGUCAUUACUUCAGGCAACACAACAAGAACUUCUUCAGAAUGGUGGGGAGGACAUUUAACUGGUGCUGAUUUUAGAAACAAGGAACUGUAACAAAAAAAAGUGCUGGAGGAACUCAAUGAGUCUGGCUACAUCUGUGGAGGAGAUGGACAAACCACAUUUCUGGUCUUAAGACUGAACUACUAGAUAUCUUUAAUAAAAGACACAAAGUGUUGGAGGAACUCAGCAGACCUGGCAGCAUCUAUGGAGGAAAAAGCACAGAAGGUGUUUCGGGCUGGGACUUUUCUCUCUAUUAUUGUGCUCAAUAACUGCACUUGGAAAAUGCCGUUGGACAAAUGCCCUGACAGGACACAAUAUUCCACAAGGAACUGCAGAUGCUGGAAUCUUGAGAUUAAUACAAAGUGCUGGAGGAACUCAGCGGGUCAGGCAGCAUCUGUGGAUGGAAUGUACCAGCGAUGUUUCGGGUCAGGAUCCUUUUCACAUCAGACCUUGGAAGAGAUGUUGUGUGCUAAUUAUUACAUACUUUUAUCAGCGAAAAGUGUGCCUGAUCUUCACAUACUCUUCUAUGAAGACUAUUUGCAGUUUGUAGACUAUAGGUAGCAAAUCAUUUUCCAUGAAGGCGAAAAAGCCGUUUUGUUAACGUAAAUAUAACUGCACUGAGUAAGAUGUAAUGAUUGACCAUUUGGAACAAGUCCCUUGAUAAUGUGAUUGUUGUGUAGUUGUUGAUAUUAGCUGAGGUUGAACACGUUGAAAUCACAUUGCACUUCCACAGUUACUGGUGCAACCAAAUGACUGUAGUUACAGCUCAGUUAUGUUCAAUAAAACCUAUAUCUAUGUGUAUCAUAAAAACAGUAACCGCAUAAAAAUAUUUGACAUGUUGAAUUAAAAG